GAGGGACCUUUCCGGUAUUUGAGUGCAAAAAUUCGAUGGCUUCGAGAGUAGUAGGAAAAAAGGAAGAAGAAGAUCGUAUUACCCACCAACCGCCAAAAAAAUGGAAACCCUAAUAAGCAGGAUUGAGAAGAGAGAAAAACUUGAAGAGUCUUUUUAAAUUAUGAAUCAAAAAUUUAAUUAAUGAUUGCAUUUUCACGUGAUACCCUCCUCUAAUUUCGCUGCGUCUCUCUUCUCUUUUCCUCGUCUUUUGGUCCAGUGGUUGAAAUUCAAUUGCUUGCUUUUACAGAGGAGGAAUAAAAAAAGAAAAGAAAAUAAGGUGAAACUCGAUUGGAAGCUUUAAUCUCGAUGUCUAAGAGGGUACUUUGCAAGUUCUUUGCACAUGGAGCAUGUUUGAAAGGAGAGCAUUGCGAGUUUUCACAUGACUGGAAAGAUCCACCGAAUAAUAUUUGCACUUAUUAUCAAAAAGGAAUUUGUUCGUAUGGAAGUAGAUGUAGAUAUGAACAUGUCAAACCUCUUAGGUCAGAUUCCGCUUCGUCUUCAUCAACAGUUUCUUACCAAUCUUUAGCAUCAACUUCAAUUCCUCUGGUUCAUUCUGUGAGAACCGGAUCAAGUAGGUUAACAUCAGUCCACAAUGCUUCUGGAGAGCUUUCUGCUUCAAGAAACCCUUUUUUUCCUCCCAGCAAUCCAGCAUGGAAUUUGGAUUCUGGACCUAAUAACUUGUUGGAAAAUGGUGAGAUAAUAGAGCCUAGGAAUGUUAAGCCCGAAGACCAUCCUCUCUGUUCAUUUGCUGCUGCUGGUAAUUGUCCCCGUGGAGAUAAAUGUCCUCAUGUACAUGGUGACCUUUGCCCUACUUGUGGGAAAAAUUGCUUGCAUCCGUUCAGACCAGAAGAAAGAGAGGAACAUUUAAGAACAUGCGAGAAGAAGCAAAAGCAUCUUGAGGCUUUAAAACACAGUCAAGAAAUAGAGUGCAGUGUGUGCCUAGACCGUGUGCUUUCAAAGCCCACAGCAGCUGAGCGAAAGUUUGGGCUGCUAUCAGAAUGUGAUCAUCCAUUCUGUAUAUCAUGCAUUAGGAAUUGGCGUAGCAGUUCCCCAACCUCUGGAAUGGAUGUCAAUACUGCUUUGAGGGCUUGCCCAAUCUGCCGCAAGCUGUCAUACUUUGUUGUUCCAAGUGUCAUCUGGUAUUCCUCCAAAGAAGAAAAGCAGGAGAUUGUUGAUAGCUACAAGGCAAAACUCAGUUCUAUAGAUUGCAAGCAUUUCGACUUUGGGAAUGGGAACUGCCCAUUUGGGACCAGUUGUUUUUACAAGCAUACUGUCAAGAGAGGCUCAUACACAUGGAAAUAUCACAGACCCCCUCCACGGAGGCCACGUCCUUGCAGAUCCAGUGCUGUGGAUGAUAUGAAUGCAUUCUUUGAUGUCUUUGAGCACUUUAUUGGAGAAGAUGAAUAUGAAAUCUAUGAUGCUGAAGAUUAUUUUGAUGAGGAUUAUUUUGAUGAAGAUGAUAUAGAUGAUAUGGCAUGCAUUCCGAGAUGGCCGUUUGGAGGAAGUUGCUCUGCGUCAUCUUGGGGCUGAAGAUGGACAGACUGUGAUAGCUAAAGAUAUCAGGCUUUCUGAUUUUCUUGGUAGCUUGCAAAUAAGUUGAAGACAAGGCUGUUCAAUUAUUCUUGUGUUAUCACCAAUAUCAAGAUAUAUAGUUUCAAUGUCUGAAUGGUCUUCAAUUUCCUGUGUCAAAACUCCUGUUAUAUGUAAGAGGAUUGCUUGGUGGAGGAGGAGACUUGAUUAUGGGAAGCUGAAAGGCGCGAAAUAAACUGCAUAUUAUGUUUUAAGUGAACUAAUACUUUUGAAGAAUACGUCAACCCCAUGGCAAAAUUAAAUUUAGUGACGAAAAUCAAUUUGAAUAAUGGAUGUUUGCCAAUACAGAUAGAUUGCUUCCAUUACGGCAGGAAGGGCAGUGAAAAGACAAUGAUUAGGUGCCUGGUUUUUGUCCUAAUCAUCUUCAUUAUAUGCACCGUGAUUCUGGAGAACCAUGAUCAGGGUAGCUGUGUAACACUACUCUUCGGUAAAGCUACAUUGUUGUGGUUUGGUUGCCUGUAAAAUGUUUUUUUUCUUUUUUUAUUUGGUGAAAAUAUUAAUGAGAUUCUCGCAUAGAACAAUACGCUAGGCUUGUAACGAUAUCCACAUACUUGCCAUUUGUGUCGAUGAUGGUGAUCAAAUGAAUGGCACCAUGUUUAGAUUGCCUGAA